AUGGUCACCGGCGGCAACGAACUGGUCGAGGACGCUGACCUGUCGCUGUCCGACAGCGACUCGGCUUCCGCGCCGGAGCCAUCGCUGGACGACGCCAUGCUGAAUGAGCUGCUGCUCGUGUGUUCGAACCUGGGCAUGCUGCGCGUGUCGCAAGAGGGCGAGGCGCCCGUGUUGAUGCGUGGCGAAGACUGCGAGCAGUGGAUCCACGACUUGCAGCGCGCGGUACGUCGCGACCACGCGACGCACCGGCUCGUGGCGAAACAGCUGGGCCAGUGGCAGAUCCUGCAGAAGAAGCUGUUGCCGCUGCUCGUGCACCACCAGCACGACUGGCCGCUCGUGUUUUCGAUCCUCAAAGUGCUCGUGAUGCUCACGACGAAACCGCCGCGGGACUCGAGCCACAUUGCGCAGCAGCUGCAGUACUUGCGCCAGUACAAGCACGAGUUCCUGUGGCUCCAAGUGGUGCCGAUCCUCAUGGCGAUCCUUGUCCACCCGCUCUCGAGGAAAGGCGCGGCGCGCACGUCCAGUGACUACCUCCACAUGGAGAUCGUGCUCAUGUUGCUUCGGAAUCUGCUGGCGAUUCCAGACGAAGAUCCGCGGUACGUGACGUCGACGACGGCGCAUUUCAGCCACUUGCAGGAGGAACUCAUCCGGACGUUGCACGACGAGAGCGUGUACGAGAUGCUGCUGCUCUUUGCGCAGGACAUUGACUCGGCGGAGAACCGGGAGUGGAAUCUGCUGCUCAUGGAGAUGCUCGACCUCACGCUUGCCUGCUCGCAGCCGCAGUUUGUUGCUGCGUAUGCAAAGAAGCAGCUCACGGGGGGCAGUCUCGGUCGUAGCGCACACGAUGGUGCCCACGCGGAACAAGCAGCACAAACGACGGUGUCUCGUGGCGGGUCUUGUGCAGCACCUCGAUGGGGGAGAGGGCAUUUGCUGCUGGACAAGCUCAAUAACGAAAAGAAAGCGUCGGGGAUCCACCCGCUGAGCUUGCGUCGCCAUUCCAACUUUGGUGGCGUGCUGACGGUGGUCGGUCCGACUGGACGAUCGACAGUGGUGUCUGACUUUUCGAAACCGGCGUAUGACCAGGUGCCGCAGGUAGCAAAGAAGCCAACGUCGCGGAGGAGAGGAAAGAAAAGUGCCGCUAUCGCUGCUGACAUCCACGAGGUUUUUAGCGGGAAGGGAAAAGUGACUGACUCUGACGAACGUACGAUGCAGGUGCUUCAAGGCAUUUGCGACUCGAUCCUAGCCAAGUCUUACUUCCAGCUCACGAACUCGUUGAAAACGGAGUUCCGUCGAGGAAGCAGCAAAUUGAUUGCAACGGACCGACUCCAGUAUUUCCAUCUCGUCUGGUUUCUCACUACUUAUCACCGACUUAAGAUCCAGACGCUGAAGUCGCACUACAAGCGUCAGCUGAAAGCAGUGCAGGAACCAGCAGUUGCUGGACUUCGAAACGCUUCCGAUCUGACUACGCCUCUGUCCUCGGCACCUGAGAAGCCGGACUAUGGUGAGAAAGCUGUGCUGUCUACGUUGGAUAUGUUUUCCUUCAACUUUGUGCUCCAGUCGAUCGAAAAUUAUGCCACCAUGAAGAACUAUCAUGGCAUGACUGUUGCCGUCCAGCUUUUGACCGGGAUGAUGGCGUAUCUUGCUGAGCUUGCCGCAAGCGAUGACCUCCGUUUUCAGCGUAUCGCAGACUCGCUGCAACACAAGAUUUUCUAUGAACGCGAUUUUCUCGAUCGAUUGCCGGUGCUGUUAAAAACGUGGUCUCCGGGUCUUUUCCCCAAGGCGUACGUUGUCGAUGUCGUCACCCUGACUCAUCUUGUUCUGAAAGUACUCGACGCACAAGGAACUAUCAAGGUCCUUUCACGAAGAAAAGCAUACCUUGACCUGAAGCGUCAAAAGAAGAAGCAGAGUGAUGUAGACGGCGAAGGUUCAGAUGGCAGUGUGACGGAUGAGGAGGAAACCGAGCAGCAGGCGCAGGUCUUGAUGGAAAUGCAGCGUAAAGAGGCCGACUUUGACGUGCGGAGGUACUUUGCCAGCAUGGUUUCAGCCGACACUGUUCGAAUGUACUGCUCGUUACUGGCUGACUACCGUGAGAACAGCGCAAAAGUGAAUCAUUACAUUCACUCGUUUUUGUACCGAACAAAGCUGUUCAAAGUUCAUCAGCAAGAGGAAUGGACGAUGCAGCCAAUGUUGUUCAACAUCCACGUCCUCCUGUUGUUCAACAAGAUGCUUCAGGACACGUAUAUUCAGCGUCUGCCCGAGUACAAAAAUCUCCUGGACUUCAUCCGCGGCGUCGUGCGCGACUUCUUCACGCUUGCAGACAAGAACAAUUUGCUGUUUGUGGAAGUUCUCUUGCGCCAAACGUACCCCUCAAAAUCAUGCGUGCUAAUUCAGCGAAGUUACGACCCGAUCGAUUCUAUGAGCAAGUCAAAAUCGCAGGCAAUUGCAUUAGGCCGAGAGAAUGGAAUUGAAGCGACGAAUGAAUCGAGACGACAUCGAACGGCUUUAGACCAUGAAGAGCUUGAGGGAGAGGCUGAGUUUCAGUUUACUUUGGGACCAUCAGACUUUGACUCGGCAUCGCUUCUGGAUAGGAAAGAUAUAGGGGACGACGAGAUUGAGACGGAGUGUGCUUCGAUGGAUUUAUCACUGAGUGCGUCUGCUUCUGCUGCGAAAUCGAAGCAGGAGAGGACGACGUCAGUGUCACGAGCAGCGAUAGAGCGUGCCGAAAACUGGAGUAAGGUUGAGGACCGCUACCUGGCAAAGGUAUUCAUGAAGUUUCGUCACCUGCCGUCGGUGUACGAUGUCAUUUCAUGUGAGGACAUGUUCCAGGAGCGUGAUCGAACGUCGGAGCAGAUAAAGCGCCGUGUAGAACAUCUGAAGCUCCACCAGGAGAACGGCGACUUAUCCGAUGAGCAUGAGCAAAGCAACUUGGAUGUCGAACAAGAUGGAGGACAGGCCAGGCAGAAGAAGGCCCUCGAUAAAGCUUACCCGAGGCGUCGCCUACGCCGUGGGGCCGACCUAAGUGACGAUGAAAGCGAUGAUGACUUGCUUUUACAGGGUCGGGUGCAAGCCCCGCUGGAUCCGUUACAAGCGGCCAGUGCUACACACGGAUCGUAUGUUACGACCAGUGUUACAGGCAGUAGUGCUGCAGCUCCCGAUGAUGCGAUGAACGACGUAAGUCUACACGCAGAGUCGUCAAGUGAGACCACUUCUACAUUGAACGAUGACGCCCGCAAAGGCCAAUGUAAAGAGGAUACUCGAAUGAUAGCGGAUAGCACACAUUCACGCCGUGAAUGUCAAAUUCGGCAGUCCGCCAAUAGGCAGACGACUGACGAGCUGGAUGACAGUAAUGCGGACGGUUCUAUUGACGUUGUUGUCGAAGUGUCUACUGCACAUGAGGGUGCAGAAGUAGAGAGAACCGAUAGACCCGCGACGGUGGUCACUGCUGGAAUGGACGCUGCGAACAUUGAUGGUAGCCAAGACGAUGUGAUCCCUGCGGAUGCUGACGCGCAGCCAAAUAAGCGAGCUCGCACUACUGGAGACGACGUGUGCAUGGAGGGCACACCAGCGAAAAAGAAUCGUGCUGCAAAAAACACGCCCAUUCACGACGCUGAUGUAUCUCAGGCCUAA